AUGGGCCACCAUCGUCACAUGGACGAUGCUUCGUCCAUCUCAAGCUACUCAUCCGCUGGCUCUUCCCGUUCGUCCUCGAGGUCAUCCUUGAGCUCGGGAAGUUCCAAGAAGUCGAGGUCGUCCCAGGUGUCCCAUUCCAAUAUCAAGAGUGACCAUUGGGCUGUCUCCCUCAUGAAAUAUACUGCCGGAGCCCCUUUCGGCAAGCCAAUGUCCCUGCGCAAGACCAAAGUCUGCGAGUUCCAGGGGGGCUGGGACUAUGACGACGACAACGACGACAGUGCCAGCAUCUACAGCAACGUUUCAUACACCACAUACGCCUGGGUCAAACCGAAAUGGGACGAUAGCAUCUCCGAGAUCGCCUCCAGGUCCGAUAGCCGGAGCAGCGGACGGCGUCGCAGAGGACCGAAUACACAUGGCCGGCCUCGCUUCACCGCGCCCCCGCACACGCACCAGCACCCACCCCCGUUCAACCAUCCACCGCCGGCACCUCCGCACUUCAUGACGCCUCCGGGUGCUCCCGUGUACGACGAGAACCCCGGCUUCUUCAACUUGGACCCCGGGUUCUAUCCGCCAGCUCCACCGCCUCCCCCUGCCGAUAGCGGCGGGGCCCCGGCUUUCUUCGACCUUGGUGGUGGUGGUGGCGGCGGCGGCAAUCACCCAGGAAAGUACGAUGACUGGGAGUAG